GCUGCUGCUCCAGCUGCUUCAGCCAGCGGACAGACCUCGCUGCACUCCAGAAGUCUCCCAUAUCUCUGGCUCCCCAGGCGCCUCCGGGAUGGAGAGGAGGCUUGGAAGGAGGACCGAGAAGCAUUUGUGGAGGAAGACCUAAUCUGCCAUUCUCUCUGACUGCCUCUUCCCCAGCCACAAUCCCCAGGGUCGAGUUUAGCCACAAGCAGCCGACCAGCUUCAUUCUGCAACCCAGUGGGGGCGAGCAGCCUCAGUAACGCUGCUCCAGCUCAGGAGGCUGGGCGGUUUGUACCUUUCUCGUUUUCCUCUUCCCCCGCAUACUCCUCUUGCCCAUUCCCGCCAUCCUACUCGCCUAGUCGGCUUCGUGCCUGUGCAAUUAGAAGCUUGAGUUUGGGUACCCAGUCUGGGAGGCGGAGGCAAAGGAAGGAGAGGAGCACACGAUGGAGAGCAGCAAUGUAUCCACUUCUGCAGCUCUCACCUUCACGUCGGGGCCUGAGGGUUACAACAGUAGCCCCAGCUCCUUCCGAGCUGUUGGGAAGCAGGGCGAUGUCGGGGAGGUGGAGGGCAUCUUGCACAGCAAGGAGCCCCCUUUCUCCGUUUUCACCGUGUUAAUCUUGACGUUGUUAGUACUCCUCAUUGUGGCCACCUUCCUCUGGAACUUGCUGGUCCUGGCCACCAUCCUAAGGGUGCGCGCCUUCCACCGUGUCCCACACAAUCUAGUGGCUUCGACUGCUGUAUCCGACGUGCUUGUGGCAGCGCUGGUCAUGCCCCUGAGCCUGGUAAGCGAGGUAUCCACCGGAAAGCGAUGGCGGCUGGGGCGUGUCCUGUGCCACGUCUGGAUCUCCUUCGACGUCCUCUGCUGCACUGCCAGCAUCUGGAACGUGGCAGCCAUCGCCCUGGACCGCUACUGGACCAUCACCCGCCACAUCCAGUACACCCUGCGCACCCGCAGCCGCGCUUCCAACCUCAUGAUUGUCCUCACUUGGGCCUUGUCUGCUCUUAUCGCCUUUGCUCCCUUGCUCUUCGGCUGGGGUGAGGUGUACAGUGCUGAGCUCCAGCGCUGCCAGGUGAGCCAGGAGCCCUCUUAUGUUGUUUUCUCCACCUGUGGCGCCUUCUACGUACCGCUUGGAGUAGUACUUUUUGUCUACUGGAAGAUCUACAAGGCCGCCAAAUUCCGCAUCGGGAGACGUCGAGUUGCAGUCUUGCCCCUACCUGAGACAGUACAGGCAAAGGAAGCUCCCCAAGAAGCCCAGAUGGUGUUCACAGCCCGUCACGCCACCCUUGCCGUUCAAACACAUGGCGAAACAUGGAGGGAGCAGAAGGAGAAGAGGGCAGCUCUGAUGGUGGGAAUUUUAAUCGGUGUAUUCGUUCUCUGUUGGAUCCCCUUCUUCCUCACAGAGCUCAUCACCCCACUCUGUUCUUGCAGCAUCCCCCCCAUCUGGAAAAGCAUAUUCCUGUGGCUUGGCUAUUCCAAUUCUUUCUUCAACCCCUUGAUUUACACAGCAUUCAACAAAAACUAUAAUAGUGCCUUCAAAAGCUUUUUUACCAAACAGAGAUAGAAAUACAAAACUAGGGGAGGGAAGGAUGGUGGAUUUCUAUGAAAGUUUAUUCCUAUCUCUCACCUUUUCAGUAAGUGAAUGGAGCUUGUCUCCCCCUUUGCCCCCUUCCUUAUCCCUCUCUUCUGGGUGGAGACAAUGGAGUAUGCAGUGAAGUAAGGAGGAGUCAGAAGAAUUGAGUUGGAAUCUUGGGGCUCAGUCACUAACUGGGACAAAUCACGUCAUCUCUUCUUAAGCCUCAGUUUCUUCUCCUGUAAAAUGAAAGCAUCAGACUAGUUGAUCUCUGAAGUCCCUUCUACUACCAACAUCCUGAGAUCUGUGCAGUAUUAGAGUUGCUAAAACCAAACCAUUAGCCUUAGGCUGGUGGGAGCAGCUGGAACAAAGACUCUCCAAAUAUGUUGUCUCCUACUUAAGCAUUUGGGACUCAUCAGAUGAAAGAGAAAUGGGGUGCAUGAAAGCAAGAGCUCCAAGCAGCUGGUUUAUACCAGAAUCUAAGAACUGUGUACUCAGUGAAAGUGAUGAAUUGGCAUCCUUCACUUUGCUCUCUGUUCUCUUUAUUUCUAUCCCUCUCCCAGUGUGCAAGGUCUCCUGUAAUGCCCAAAGGACUUCACAGUGUCACUGCCAAGAAAGAAGGAUGUGAGAUAUUGGGCUGAGUCAUAGGAGGAAAAUGUUUGCUAAAACUUUCUUAUUUUUCAAAAAGGAAAGAGGGAAUCGACUGAACUCCCUCAUCUCUAAGAUUAGGGGGAUUGGACCAAGCUUACUUGCAACUCUAUCUGUGAUCCUGUACCAUUCUCCAUUAUAUCAGCAGUGGUGGCUAACAGGUGAAGCUAGACUGCCAAGUAUUCCUGGGGCUUAAUGCAUCUGGGUUUAACAACUACUUAGUGCCUGAUGUUUUCCUAUAUUUAAACCUUACUCCAGUGACAGCAUCAGCUUCCAAGAAGCAAAUCUCCAUCAUGACCACAGAUCCCUGGAUAGAUAUAGGAAACUACUGAAUUUAAAAAGAAACUUGGCUCCACUCUUAAAUCUUUAGUUUAAGCCCAUUAAAACACUCUAGGCUUUGAGACAGAGAGGGCAGUUUUCUUUCCAUGCUAGAUAGAAAAUGGUCCUGGGCAUUAUGGGCAAGUAGGAACAUUUCAUUACCUUGACUGAAAUGCAUUGGUGUCAAACUAAAAACCAUAACCAUACAACAUAAUCUCUGUGGGAUGCACACUGAUUUAGAAAACCACAUAUUAACAUUAUCUGUAUCUUAUUGUAUUUUUAUUUAAUUUGUUAAACAUUUCCCAAUUACAUUUUAUUCUGAUUGAGGUUGCACAAGGAAGUGUUUUAGGCCAGGUGUUUGACUCCUCAUCUGGAGAGGAAUUAUACUCUCUCUUUGGAUCUCCAUGUAUCUCUCAAGACUUCUAUGCCCAACUAGAGAAUGAUGACCACCAUAUUGAUGACUCUAAAGUCUAGAUUCCCCAGAAACUGUCUCCUUUAGGAACUCCUUUUAGGGGUUUGGUUAAUAGAAUUGAAGGUAAGUACACAAUGGGAUGGGAAAGGGAGGAAAAUGUUUCAUGUCAAAAUGCAAUGAGGCAAUGAGUAGCCCAGGUUCCUGGUCAACCUCGCACCUUUCCCACAAAACAACAACAAAAUCACACACAUAUUUAACUUCGAAGGAUUUCAAAUCUGACUCACAAUUAUGUUCUUUUCUCUCAUUUGUGGAUUACCAACCCUGCUAUGAUUCCUGUUUCAUGAGGCUGCCUAAUGUGGUCCAUCUAUCUGGAUUGGUCUGGGUCUUGUCUAACCUGUUGGAAUUUGGAAGCAAAGGGAAAGGGUGUGCCUGGCUGUGUACCUGGAAGAGAAUCGGGGUCCACCACUUACUGUAUUUCCCUAUACCAGAAGGAGGAAGAAAGAGGAUGAGGAUGAUAAUACGCUAAAGAAAAGGGGUGGGGGUGGGAGAGAGACCUUAUGGACUUCAAGGAAGCCAUUCCUGUAGUACGUCUGCUGAAAUGUAAUUCAUCAUAAUUCCUAGGACCUGGCAAGGCCCAAUCAAAGGUGUGAAGUUGACCACCUUCUCCUCUUUUUUUUUUUUUAAUUUCUCUCCCAACUCUACCCCACAGAGUCAAUGAGAAAAUGAUUCAAAAUAAGGUGAAUUAGUGGCAAAGCAUUUCUGGGGCUUAGUGCAUUUGGGAUUAGCAUCUACGUAGGUGACUGUGGGAUAAGAUAAAUGCCUGAUAUUUUCCCAAAUUAAAAAGUGGAAUAUGAUACUUAACCAAAAGGAACAAAAGGCUAAUGUUGGGAUCUUGGGACCCUGGGCAAUCUGCAUGAGGAAGAUAGUUUGUGUGUAUGUUUGUAGACAGAUCUUAGAAUCCCUUAAACUUAUACCACAUAUGCUGGAACUAUUUGUUCAUCUAUGAAUGUAUUCCUCCUUAAUAUUCUAUACAUGGCUAUUCAAUAGCUAUUGCAUGCAGAGGGCCAGGUCUUGGGGGGCUAUAGGAAUCUUGAUCCAUGACCCCCUAAAACUUAUAGUCUUUGGGAGAGAGGAGGCAGCAACAUUGGAAACAGCAAUUUAAAUAACAGUGCAAGGAAGUAGAAGAUGGUUAGCUUCUGCCAAGAACUGAGUGUGUAUAAACUCUGUCUUGUCCUGGAGUGGGUUCAAAUGUCCUAGAAGAUGGAAAGACUCAGUUAUGAGAACUCUGGAUGCUCCUGUCAUUCCCAAACCAGGAAAUUGACAAAGUCUGGAUUCAGACUUUUUUCUUGAUCCUAGCUCAACAUAGUUCCUGUGUACAGUGACUGGAUCGUGGGCAGACUUAGCUUGGUCCAUGUACACACUAGAAUGUUUUCGUGGAUUGCCCUCCUUGGGGAAGCCUAGAAUCCAGGUGAAAAUUCUUGUCAUCCUUCAUCUUCCCACCUCACAAAGAGCCUCUAACCAAGCUCCACUUCGAUGGGAAUCUCAAUGCAAAAUGACUACAUAGCCCUGAACUACAGUGAUUUAUUUAGCUUGUGCCUCACCUUUCAGAACUACAAAGGAAGCACUUCAGACACAGGUGAAUCUCCAUUUUAAGUUGGAUAAUUUGAGUCAUGUGGACAGUCUAUUUGGAUUCAUUGGGUUUUUUACCUUUCUCAGAGCCUUCAUUUGAAUUUCCCAGUUGCAGUGAAACCUUGCUCAAGUCAAUCUGAUCCAUGAAAAUCUGGAUUUACAAACUAUUGCUUGAAAUGUGCUGGUUUGCUUUAUAUAAGGACUAACUCCUGGGUUGCUGAUAGUGGGAGUUCCAUUAACCCACCAGAAACAGCUUAUUUACCCACAAUAUAAUUUACACACAGCACCAGGAACAAAUGUUACAUCUAAUGAAGCAGGGGAUCAACUGACCCCAAGCCUCUGCCAGUGCACAUACAGCAAAUUCUUCCUCUCCUGCUUUUAAGGGUGUUUGCCUUCUUUCUUUGAGCAGAUUCUUUGAAUGACUAAAAAUGGUGGGAUGAAAACUGAUUGGAUCGUAAAGAAGAGAUGUGGCUCAACUGAGCCAGGGCUAGGUGUGGGGUUGCCAGCUGUUUCUGAUUGACCCUGAUUGUGAUUUUAUAAUUUUUAUGACUCUUGUUUCUUAAUAGACUCAUGAAUAUGUGUGUUUGCAUAAUCUACAUUUUGAAAGUAAUUGUAUUGAUAGAACCCUGAGCAUGGAAUCAAAAAGACCCGAGUUCAAAUUCAGUCAUAGAUCUUUACUAGGUGUGUAGUCUUGGGCAAUUCACUUAAAAACUUGUUUGCCUCAGUUUCCUCUUCUGUAAAAUGGGGAUAAUCAUAGCACCUACCACUCAGGGUUGUUGUGAGGAUCAAAUGAGAUAAUAAUUGUAAAGCUCUUUGUACAAUGAUAAAUAUAUAAAUUUUUGCUGUUGU